AUGGCAGGAUCAGGAGCAAAGAAGAGAAAACAACAAAACGAAGGAGAGAUUAAAAAGUUGGUGAUUGCAUUGGCAUCGAUCAACGCUUUGUACUUUAUAUAUAGAGUUUGGUAUCAUUCCGAUUCCUUUACAUUUGGUAAUUGGGUACUAUGGUUCAUCGUCAUGGCAAUGGAAGGUGUUGCCCUUUAUCUCAUUAAAUUGAUGGCUCAACCUACCUACAAUGAACAAGGUGAAUUGAUUGAUGGUGGUUCUGAUCUUUCAAUGAAAGGUUUAUGCGAAUAUUACUUUGAUACAAUUUAUAUUUGUUUGAUUGUACAACUAUUGGGAUUGAUUUCAGAUAAAUUCUUUUACUUUAUUUUGGUGAUACCUGCUGCCAUUGCAUACUUUGGUUGGUCUAAAAUCGCUCCAUUCAUCUUCCCACCAAAGGAAGCUGAUAAGGAGAUGACGGCAACCGAACAAGCCGCUCUCAAAAAGAAACAAGAAAAGCAAGAAAGAAAACAAAACAAGGUUAAAUUUGUUAGAAGAUAA